AUGAACAAGACAUACCAGUCCAUAGCAUUAACAACUGCGGUAUUCCCUUCAAUCGACUGGCCCCUUCAACUCAAGAAGCAGUGCGCAUUGACAAAAUUCUCCGCGAUUAUAUCUCAGGGAAAGAUUUGGUACCACGAUGGAAUUGGUACUGGCCGGCGGUUCAUUUGCGAGGGGGAUAUCGACUCUUGGGACGACACGCGUCUAGCCACUUGUGCAGACAGACGGACUCGUAACCUGCCAGGAGCCUGCGACUUGGCCCACAAACCAAGUGUCUUCGGGGUGAAGACAACCGAGGAUUUAGAGCAAUAG